AUGGAGUUUGUCAAUGGAAGUAGAGUUCAGGAAUUCGUUUUGCUGGGAUUUGAGCUUGGACAGUCGAAGCGGUACCUGCUCCUCCUCUUUUUUGGCACUCUCUACGUGUUGACGUUGGCUGAGAAUAUCACCAUCAUCACCCUGGUGGUUCUAGACACCCACCUGGCCCGGCUCCCCAUGUACAUCCUGCUGAGCAACUUCUCCUGGAUAGAGAUGUGCUACGUGAGUGCCACCGUGCCCCGGAUGCUCUUCGACCUAGCUACCCUUCGUGGGAUCAUCUCCUUCCACAACUGCUUCAUUCAGUUCUAUGUCUUCUUCGCUCUUGGCAGCACCGAAUGUUUCUACCUCUCAGCCAUGGCCUUAGAUCGGUACUUGGCCAUCUGCCACCCUCUGAGAUACCCACAAAUCAUGUCCGCCAACUCCUGCUAUAGUCUUGUAGGUUCUUGUUGGAUCAUUGGCUUCCUGUGGUAUCUUGUUCCAGCCGUUUUGAUAUCCAGGUUGCCCUUCUGUGGUUCCAACAUCAUUGACCACUUUUUAUGUGACGCCGGGCCCAUUCUGUCCCUCGCCUGCCCUCCGCUAGGAGCUGCCCCCAUCAUCAGCCAGUUUUGCUUAAAUGCUUUGAUUAUUGGCAAUAUGUCCUUCGUCGCGCUCUCCUACAGCGUCGUGGUCAACACUCUAAUGAAAUCUGCCAGCCCAGGAAGCCGAAUGAAGGCCUUCUCCACCAUCUCAUUCCACUUAUUGGUGGUGAUACUUUUCUACGGCUCGGUGGCGGGGAUGUACUUAAUUCCAGGCGGAGAAAACCAAUCAGCGAUAACGAAGGCCGUGACACUGUUCUACACGGCCGUGACACCUUUUCUUAACCCCAUGAUUUACUGUCUGAGGAACAAUCAGGUGAAAGAAGCACUGUUUAGACUCCUGAAGAGAAAGGUGUCAGUAUAA